UCCGCACUCACGUCCAGCAGCACCGGGAGAGCACGGCAGCGGAUACUGCUCUUAUACCGGGGCUAAUCGCUUAAUUUAUGGGACUAAAACUCUCUUAUUCUUCUACACGAGAGAUCAUGGGAGGUUGCUGACAUCUGACUCGGUCACUCCUAAAGGAAACCCAACACAGGAGUUCAAAGAAGCCGUGUGUAGCUCAGUGACGGCUACAAACAUGGCCGCCCAUCGAAUCAGAGCCACGGCCACCAACAACACGUCUCUGCCUCGCUGUAAAUCAGAGGGGACGCUGAUCGACCUAAGUGAGGGCGUGUCAGAGGCCAGUCUGACGGAUGUUAAAGUGCCUUCUCCCAGUGCCUUACGACUGGACUCAACAGCCUCCUUCGGUGCUGCAAGGGAAGUCGUUGCAAUCAAGGAUUACUGCCCCUCCAGCUUUACCACGUUAAAGUUCUCCAAAGGAGACCGGCUGUACGUCCUGGAUUCUACAGGAGGGGAGUGGUGGUAUGCCCACAACAACACAGAGAUGGGUUACAUCCCAGCAGCGUACGUACAGCCCAUAAACUUCAGAGACUCCUCAUUCAGUGACAGCGGGAUGAUCGACACAGUGGGGGAAUGUAACGAGGAAGCAGCCAAAGAGAUGGACCUUUUAGGAGAGUGGGCAGGAGUGAUUCUGAAGCCAACCACGUUUCAGAAUGGAAAUCCUUUUGGGUCAACUCAUACCUCAACAAAUCCUUUCCUAAAUGGAGGUCCUCAGAGCUCGCUGGAUCAGAACAGUAACGAGAAAUCAGUGGACCUCCUCCUGUUUGAUACGCUCACUCCAUCAGUGCCAAACUCCACCAGCAGCACCGCAGACAUCAACGGAUUUGGCAGUGGUAUUUUUAACAUGAAUGUGGGGAUGGGCCAAACACUGCGCAGAGACAACCCAUUCUUUAGAAGCAAACGCUCCUACAGUCUGUCGGAGCUGUCCAUCCUGCAGGCUCAGUCUGACACCCCUCAGACGUCUGGGUUCUUUGGAGGCCUCAAAGCUCCUGCUCCUGAACAGUUCCAGAGCAGGGAGGACUUCAGGACAGCGUGGCUCACCCACCGCAAGCUCGCCAGGUCCUGUCACGACCUGGACUCACUAGGUCAGAAUCCUGGCUGGGGUCAAACCCAGCCGGUGGAGACCAACAUCGUCUGCAGGCUGGACAGUUCAGGUGGUGCCGUCCAGCUUCCAGACACCAACAUCAGUGUCCACAUACCUGAGGGCCAUGUGGCCCCAGGGGACACCCAGCAAAUCUCAAUCAAAGCUCUGCUGGACCCACCACUGGAGCUGAACAAUGACCGCUGCACCACCGUGAGCCCAGUGGUGGAGAUAAAACUCAGCAAUAUGGAGACCAAAACCACCGUGACCCUGGAGAUGAAGGUGUCCGUGGUGGUUAAGAAGGAGAGCCGGCAGACCACUGAAAUCCUCUGUGUGAGGAGUGACUGUAAAGAGGGGCCAUACACGCCAGUUCCUCAGGCAUACCUGUAUGGAGACACGGUCCAGGUGUGCUUAGAUAACCUGGAGCCAUGCAUGUACGUGUGUGUGGUGGCUCAGUCCCGGUCUUUAUCUGCAGACUCCACUGUUUGGGAUCAUGUGGUGAAAAAGAUCACUUUAGGGGUUUAUGGUCCCAAACACAUCCACCCGUCCUUUAAGACUGUUGUGGCAUUGUUUGGUCAUGAUUGUGCUCCAAAGACAUUACUGGUGAGUGAUGUGAGUAAACAGAUGCAGUCGUCUCCAUCAGUGGUGCUCCAGCUGUGGGGUAAACAUCAGUUUGUGUUGUCGAGGCCGCAGGACCUUCGGGUGGACGUUUAUUCCAACAUGGCCAACUAUGAGGUGAAGUCCAGUGACCAGGCCAAGGUGGUGCGAGGCUUCCAGGUUAAACUUGGAAAGGUUAGCCGGCUCGUCUACGUCAUCGCAUCACGAAACGCAGAGGAUGUUUCUGAUUUCACAUUAAGAAUCCAGGUGAAAGACGACCAGGACUGUAUCCUGGCUCAGUUCUGCGUCCAAACACCGACACCUCCACCCAAAGCUGGCCCAAAGACAUCUGUGCAACGACGCUUUCUUAAGAAAAAGGAAGUGGGUAAAAUUCUGUUGUCUCCUCUCGCCAUUGCCACCAAAUACCCAGUUUUUCAGGACCGGAGGAUAAAUAAUCUCAAGUUUGGAAAAUUAAUCAAAACUGUGGUCAGACAGACGAAGAAUCAGUACCUUCUUGAGUACAAAAAAGGAGACUUUGUGGCGCUGCUGAGCGAGGAAAAGAUCAAACUAAAGGGCCAGCUGUGGACUAAAGAGUGGUAUAUCGGAUUUUAUCAGGGCAAGAUGGGAUUUGUCCAUGCAAAGAACGUUCUGGUGGUAGGGAAGGUUAAACCCAUCUACUUCAGUGGGCCAGACCUUACCACGUCUUUGUUACUGGAGCAGAUACUGAAGCCCUGCAAGUUCCUCACGUACAUCUACGCCUCAGUAAGGACAAUACUGAUGGAGAACAUCGGGAACUGGAGAGCUUUUGCUGAUGCUUUGGGAUAUGUGAACCUACCGCUGACUCACUUCUGUCGGGCAGAGCUGGACAGCGAGCCGGAGCGGGUGGCAUCUGUGCUGGAGAGGCUGAAGGAGGACUGCAACAACGCCGACAGCAAAGAGAGGAAGUCGUUCCAGAAAGAACUCCUGACGGCUCUUUUGAAGAUGGACUGUCAGGGACUUGUGGCCCGGCUCGUCAUGGACUUCGUGCUCCUGACCACGGCGGUAGAGGUGGCUGGGCGCUGGAGGGAGCUCGCAGAGAGGCUCGUCAAGGUUUCCCGGCAGCAGAUGGACGCGUACGAGGCGCCACAUCGAGACAAGAACGGAGUGGUGGACAGCGAGGCAAUGUGGAAGCCAGCCUACGACUUCCUGGUGACGUGGGCUGCUCAGAUCGGGGACAGCUACAGAGACGUGAUCCAGGAGCUCCACCUUGGUCUGGACAAGAUGAAGAACCCCAUCACCAAACGCUGGAAGCACCUGACCGGCACACUCAUCCUCGUCAACUGUUUGGACGCCCUGAGGAGCUCUGCCUUCAGCCCUGCCUCUCAGGACGACUACGCCAUCUGACCCCACCCGCUGCCUCUCACCAGCUCACCUCGCUCUCCUGGAGCGUUGGAAACAUUUUCUAUGCUGCAGAUCAGCUGAGCGCUCACUCUGCUGUCACACAGCUGACUCCGCCCCCGUAGCGAGCAGCCAAUCAGCAGGGAGCAGCAGCGUUCAUACAGACUCUUUUAAUAGUCCAGUCUGCAUAGUUGUGUAUUUUUGUACUCUUGUUAUGGCACAGUGUUUUUUAAAGCUUCACUUUGGACUGUUUGGUUAAAAACUGUGGAUCAAACGCCGACAGAGACACUUUUUAAAAAAAGACACUUUUAAUAUCCUGGUCGCACGUGUGUCAACCCUGUUUAUUUAUUUUACAACACAGAGAAAAGUCACGUCUUCUUCUUCUUCAGGAUCGCUCACUGUGCUUCUCUUCACUCUGUCACAUUUAAAGGGUUAUUCUGCUGUUUUUAACUCUAGGACCAUUUUAUUUUUCAUGUUAAAUCAUCUCCACGAUUAUGAAAGGAAAAAUAUGGAAGAUGAUAAACCAUUUUAAAAAGUUUAUCUGAGGUUAAAACAAAGAGAUAAAAGUCAAGCCCAAUCCCUCCUGGUCCCUGUCACCCAGUCUGAUCAAACCUUGUUUCACAUUUGGCAUUAAUGAUCCAUUUUGGGCAGUCUCAUAGUUGUUGAUCAGGUCUACUACUGUGGUGUCAUCAGCAAAUUUUCUACAAAUUUUAGCAGUGUUGGUGGAGUGAAUUGGCGAGCUGUCAUAUGUGAAGAGGGUGUAGAGAAAAGGACUGAGGACACACCCUAGAGGUGUUCCAGUGUUCAGGGUUUAAGAUGGCUGAGGUGUGACCUCUCUUCCAUUCUGACAUUCUGGGGUUUGUUCCCGAGAAAAUCCAGCACCCAUGAACAUUAACCCUGAAACCAACCACAUGCAUACCACCUACUGUAUCAGACUGUGAAACAAGAACGCUCAAGCACUGGGCAGUGUUACUAAUUUGAAUGCAGACCAGGAGAGGAGAGAGGAGGGAGAACAAUCAUGCUUGGGCAUACUGCAAAACAACCAUGACAUACAAGAAAAUACCCUAGAACUCCAGAAUAUGCCCCAUAAUUUAGGUACAGGGUGGAUAAACUCCAGAAUAACCCUUUAAAAGCUGCAUACACAGAAUUGAGCUUAUUAAGCUCGCUCUACUGGUGCCAAAACAUUUCUUCCAUGAAUUUUAAAAGAAAACUGAUCAACUGAUGAAACCUGAAAAGGUUUGAAAUGAGACUUUUGCUGCUUUUUUAACAAAUAAUUUUAAUUUCCUGUUUUUGAUGACACUAAUGUUGAACAGAGUGUAAGAGGUUGACCUGAUUUCAUCAUCUCUUGUCCUGGAGCUUUCACCAUUUUCUCAUCAGCAGAUUCAGUUUGAUUCAUUUUCAUCCUUUGCAGCAUGGGGAAUAUUGCCCUCUUUGGAUAGUUACUGUGGAUCUUCUUCUGUUUGACCUAACCAAACAUUGAUAGAUAGUAAAUUGGUUUUAUAUCUUUACAGUGAAAAUAUGAGCAAACUGUACAGCUCCCUGUAUUCCAUACAUUCUACCCUUUAAACUAUUGGUACAAACAUGAGGCACGCCAUUUCUCUAGGUUAUAGUGAUAUUUGAACAACAGGAUUUCUAUAAUAAAAAGUGCUUUUGUAGCAAUUGAAAAUGGACCUAAUGAUGAAACUAAAACAAAACAUGCAUGCGACAGAAAGCUAAAGGGGAAGAAUCAAAUCAAAUCAGGCUGAUAAAACUUCCUAACACGAGUCUUCUUUCCACAAGUGUGUGCCAGCCACAUGCUCCUCUAUUUGCUUUGAGUUCAGAUCACACUCAGGUGUGCUCCAGGUAGAGAGAGGACAAACAGCCAGGGAGAGAGAGGAAAGGCUGCUGACCAGGCUGCAUGUCACAUCUGACAGAAGAAAUGCUUUGCAACAGUUCCCAUUAGAAGACACAAAAGUACAGACUGCAUUCAACUAAAGGUGUACUUUUUGGUCAUUUUUAUAUCAGUGCACAGUCAGCUUUUUUCUAGUAACCAAAUGAUAAGAUCGCAGGUUCAAGCAGUUGAAAUGAGAUUCCUCAGGUGGGUGACUGAGUUCAGCCUUAGAGAUAUGGUAAGGAGCUUGGCCAUCCGGAGAGAGCUUUAAGUUGCGCUGCUGCUACUUUACCUCAAAAGGAGCCAAGGAAGGUGGUUUUGCCUCCCAGUCACCUCCCUCUGGAGGUCUUCCAGGCACAUCCAACUGGGAGGAGACCCAGUGGUAGACCUAGGACUAGGUCUCAUCUGGCCUGGGAACACCUUGGAAGAUGGAUAGAUGGAUAGAUGAUAGAUGGAUGCAUGAAUGGAUGGAUGGAUGAAUGAUGGAUGAUGGAUGUGUAGACUCUGUUGGGCACUAGUUUGGCUCAGUGGGUAGAGCAAACACCCAUAUACUAAGGUUUUAGUCCUCUAUGGUUUUAUCCCUGGUCUCUGUGCUGUUUGGUGCAUGUCUUCCCCCACUCUCUCUCCUGAUGUUUCCUGUCUCUCUUCAGCUCUCCUAACUUUAUAAAAAGGUGAAAAGUGAUUUUUUCAGAGCAUACUUCCUUUAUUUGUUAAAAUAACACAACCAAAGAUGGGCGCAUCAAAUUCCAACACAGAUUUUUUUUUUUUGCUGUCUCUCUCUGAGUGAAGGCCUUAACUCAAUAAUUCAACCUUCCUAACUGCAUUUAAACAUGUUAUUGUGGUGGCUGAAGGUGAAUCUGCUGAUGAGAACGUAGCACUAAAGAAAGCUCCAGAACGAGUAAGUUUAGGUUUUUCUGUCAACAAUAAAUCUGAUUAAUGAGUUAAAAAUAUGACCUGUCUGCAGCCUUAUCCUCCAUAAAACAACCAGACCUUAUCUCUGGUCUGUUUUUCUUUAUUUUGUAUGACUAUUUUCUACCAAAGUUUGCCAAAAAUCCUCUCAGAUCUUACAUCUUCCUCUUGUUUUCUGUCCUCAGUGCUCAUCCAUCAGUGACUUUUUGUGACUGCUACUUUUGUGGAAAGACUCUGAAUAAUAAAAUGUAAAUAAGCGUG